GAGCAGAUCCACAGCUGACGGAUCUGAGGACGAGCGGUCAGGACACACUCAAUCCCUCGGCAUCUGCAUUCACAGGACAAAGAACCACACGCACACAUGAAGCAUGGAGGCGAUCCCCAGCGCACCUUAGCGGUGUCAUGCUACAGUAAGUGGAUUUCCAUCUAGAAUAACUUACCUGCUCUAGCUGCAAGUUUUUAGUCUGAAGCCAAAAAGUGAUUUUAGCUUUAGUCUGCUUUUUCCCUCGCUGAAACCAACCCCCCUCUGAGACGACCACAGAGCCUUUUCUGCACUCCAAACUUAAGUGGAUUACAUCCGAGGCAUUUGGGAUUUUUGUGGGCUGUAAUUUGAAAAGACAUGCUGGACCGCAGGAUACAACACAACCAGGGAAGAACUGUGCGUGUUUGCUGUCACUUUUCAUAUGGAUUACAGCACUAAUCUGUUCUCCUCGAGCACACACACACACACACAGGAGGACGGUCCACAGCUCGUCAUUAUGAUGAACUUCACACAGAGGAGAAAGUAGGUGUCCAGUCGGUUUCUUUUAAAUGUCUCCUCUGAGAGUUCAGUAAAUGCAUCUGUGUCUGGCUGAUGGCCACAAAAAAAAGAAGAAGAUCUUUUUAAUGCAGUUAUGAAGAUUCUGAAAUAGUGGCCAAAACACUGACAGACUAGAGAUUUCUGAAGAUUGUACCUAAACAUGAUGGUUUGUGCAUGUUGGUGAUUGAACUGGUUUUGUUUGUGUCCAGCUAGUGAACCCUGGACCUCAGCCAUGGGAGCAGUGUUGGGGGUAAGAAGAGUCUGAGCGCUCCCAGUAUCUCCAGUGCUCCUCGAGGAGUCUCCCAGAACCGGCCCAUCAGGGAAGGGUUGCAAGGGUCCGCCGGCCCGGCUCACGAUGGUGCCGCCUCCUCCCACCAACAAGCCCCACGUCUGCUUGUCCACCAUCGUCAUCAUGAGCAGCAUGGCUCUGAUGGACGCCUACCUCGUGGAGCAGAACCAGGGGCCGAGGAAGAUCGGCAUCUGCAUCAUGGUGACGGUGGGCGAGCUGUGUUUCCUCAUCGUGCUGAGAUACGUGGCGGUGUGGGUGGGCGCUGAGGUGAGGACGGCAAAACGGGGAUACGCCAUGAUACUUUGGUUCCUUUACAUUUUCGUCUUGGAGAUUAAGGUGUAUUUUGUCUACCAGAACUACAAAGCUGACCGUAAAAGCCUGGAUGCCUUGGCCCGGAAAGCUCUGACGCUCCUGCUGUCCAUCUGCAUUCCCGUGCUGUUCGUGAUUCUGGUCGCUAUCGACCACAUGGAUUACGUGAAGGCUUUCAAGAAGAAGGAGGAGAUCAGAAACCGCUUGUUCUGGGUGGUGGUGGAUCUGUUGGAUGUUUUGGACAUCCAGGCCAACCUGUGGGAGCCGCAGAAGAAAGGGCUUCCUCUGUGGGUGGAAGGACUGAUGUUCUUCUACUGUUAUAUUCUUCUUUUAGUGCUGCCCUGCGUGUCUCUGAGUGAGAUCAGCAUGCAAGGCAUCAACAUCAGUCCUCACAAGAUGAUGCUCUACCCCAUUCUGAGUUUGGUCACCAUUAACGUUGUCACUCUCUUCAUCCGUGGAGGGAAUAUGCUCCUCUAUAAGGACAACAGAGUGUCUGGGAUACUUAUGGCCAAGAACAUCCUAGCCCUCGUUCUGAAGACGUGCAGCUUUGUGCAGUACCGGAAACAGUUGCAGAGCGCCCCCCCGGGGUUUGGAGUGGAAUUACAGAAGAACUCUGUGCCGUCCGGUCGAUCUGUGCAGACGGCUCCUCAGGGAGUGUUACAGGAGCAAACGCCGCUACCGGAGGUCACCACGUGUGAACAUACGUGACCUGCGAUCUGGGCACUGCCUCUGCAAGGACACAACAUCUUUGAUGAAACGAUGUGGAUGUAUGCGACAUAUUGUCAUCUCAAUGAGAAAUACAAGUGGAGCAUAAUGGAAUAAAGGCAGUCUGUAAUUGCAUAAUUCAAAACUUUCUUUCUUAUAUAUAUUUGAAAGCAUACUAUUCCACCUUUCUUAAUACGCCAAUGGCCAAACUCCAGCCUUUAUACGUGUCAGUGAUCUGGGGUCGGGUUGGGCUGGUUAGUGUGGUCCAGUUGGCCUCUGCUGGUAGAUGUCAUAAAUGUCUGCGGGCAAGCAACAUAUAAAUCACUAAUAUUUCAUUGUACUACAGUAGAAGUUUCACAAGUGACUGAUUGUUUUUGGAGGCUCUUGACUUGUCCUGUCUGCUGUCUUUGCCGUCCCAGCUCAGGAUAGUC